AAACCAGCUUGAGUCGGCCUGUUCGGCAAAUAUCGUUAGAAUUCCGUAAGCAGCCGAAGUUGAUAUCGUCAGCGUUGCGUUGACGCCAAACAUUCAGUUGUUAGUUUUCUGUUGUCCACGAAACAGAUAUAAACCUUCUCUCGAUUUUUCUUUCUCUCCCGCCUUUUAAUUGUCAACACUGCCUCACGCUUUUAUAGUGAAAUGUCUUCAAAAUACGCCGAUGUUCCGAUAGCGGACCCCGUGGAAGUUUUUGCCGUUAGUGCCGCUUACAGAGCAGACCCUGACCCCAACAAAGUUAACCUCAGUGUCGGUGCUUACCGCACAAAUGAGGGAAAACCAUGGGUACUUCCAGUUGUUCACAAAGUAGAAUUACAGAUUGCUUCUGAUCCUACCUUGAAUCAUGAAUACUUACCUAUAUUAGGUUUCCCUGACUUUCGAUCUGCUGCUAUCCAGUUGCUACUUGGAGAAGGAAAUCCUGCAAUUGUUGAAAACAGAGUUGUUGGAGUGCAGUCUCUAGGCGGUACUGGUGCCAUACGUCUUUCUGCUGAUUUUUAUCGCACCAUCAAUAAAGCUGACACAGUCUAUGUCUCAACUCCAACAUGGGGAAACCACAAGGGUGUCUACAUGGCAGCUGGCUUUACCAACAUCAAAGAGUACCGAUAUUGGGACGCUCAAAGCAGAAGCUUAGAUAUUAAUGGCAUGGUUGAGGAUCUUAGCGCUGCAAAAGAAAAUUCCGUGGUAAUCUUACACGCUGUUGCACAUAACCCCACUGGUGUCGAUCCAACACAUGAUCAAUGGAAACAAAUUGCUGAUGUGUGUGAAGAACGCAAAGUUUUAGUUCUGAUGGACAUUGCUUAUCAAGGCUUUGCCACAGGAGACUUAGUUGCUGAUGCCUGGGCUCCACGAUAUUUUGCUUCCAGAGGAUUUGAAUUCCUGACAGCCCAGUCUUUCUCUAAGAAUUUUGGUUUAUAUAAUGAACGUAUCGGAAACCUAGUUCUUGUCUGUAAUACUACCAAUGCCAUGGAGCGAUGCAGUUCCCAGCUGGAAAUCAUUGUGCGGCGUAUCUGGUCCAACCCCCCUAAUCAUGGGGCACGUGUGGUUGCUACUGUCUUGAACAACCCUUCGUAUUACAGCGAAUGGAAAGAAAGUGUCAAAGUAAUGGCUAAUCGGAUCAAAGAAAUGCGGCAACAGCUAUAUGAAAAGCUAAAAUCAUUGGAAACCCCAGGAACAUGGGAACAUAUCAUCACACAGAUUGGAAUGUUCAGCUUUACUGGUUUAAAUCCAACUCAAGUUGACAAGAUGGUUAAGAAAUUCCACAUCUAUUUAAUCAAGCAAGGACGAAUAAACAUGUGCGGCCUGAAUAGCAGCAACUUAGCUUAUGUAGCGAGUGCAAUCUACGAUGUUGUUGUGAAUUAGCCAGGAGAAAAUAAACAUUAGAUAUAUGCUGAGUAUGAAGUUAAGAAUACCUUCAAACUAAAAAAUAUCAGUUUGAUAGUGUUAGUAUAUUUAGAAUUGAUGGUUUGAUUUUAAUUUUUGUUUUGGAAAUGAGCUGCCAGUUGAUGGUAAAUUUGUAGAAAUGUGUCCAUACACACACACACAGAGAUUUUUAUGGAACUCUAUUAAAUGUGUGAAGUAAGUUAAGAGUUAUUAACAAUUAAGGUUUUAUUCAACUUUAAGGGAUAGGGGUUCUUUUUGUUUUGUUUUUUCCCAAUCUUUUCAUCAAUUUAACCAGGCUUAAGGUAACGAUAAUGCUAUAUUUUGUAAAAGCUAAUACCAGAUUAAUGAGCAAAGCUUUUUUUACAUAAUAUGUGUGUGUGUGUGUGUUUCAUUAAUAGGGGAAUGCAUAAUUGCUUCAAGAUAAACUAUAUAUUGGCAAAUAUUUUUCUUCAAUAUUUUUUACAUUCUUUGAAUUUUUUUUUUAAUAUUUAAUCAAGCCAUGUAAAGACAUCAAGAGAAGGCAAAGAAAAAAAUUUUUAUAAUAUACUUUAUAAAAUAUGGGAAAUAAUUUUUGUGCUUUGAAACUAUUCUUCUGUUUAAAAAAUCUGAUCUGAUAUAUAUAGAUAUAGAUAUAUAUGUUAGAUUUUUUAAAUACAGGACAAUAAUCAUAUGUUUGUAUGUACAUGUACUCUUUUGCAAAGGAGUAUUUUCCAUGUAUUUAUUAUUGGUAUUUAUUUGUUGGAAAUUAUGGGAAAUAGAAGAAAGAAUAAAUUACUUCAAAGAAACAUUGAUAUACUAGAUGGCUAAUGUCAUUAGUACAAGAAAAGAAAAUGAGAUUAUACACCCUGUCCAAUAUAUUUGAAUACAACUUCAUGUAAAGCUAUAUUUCCUUAAACUAUGCAAAAAUCGAUGAUAUUUUCCCUGUUUAAUUAAGUUUUGUUUUGUUGUUGUUGUUUUUAUUUUUUAUAAACGUAAAAUAAAUUUCUGUCUGGUAUUUUUUCGAAGUUGUGUCUUCUGCACAUUAAACAAUCCCAAAAUUUAAUACUCUCUCUCUCUCUCAAUAAAAUAAGCACCGGUCAAGUACUGGGGUUGAUUUCGUUCAUUGUUCCCUCUCCUAAAAUUUAUGGUAUUUUGCCUAUGCUAAAAUACCACUAUCACUUGCUUGUAUGAAACAUAAGCUACAGACUUGUUAUCACUUCUCACUGCUACACUGUGACAAAAAUAACUCGCUUCUCAAUUAUAAAUGUAGAAGCAGCUGUCUUCUUUUAUCAUUUCUGUUCUCAUACUCUUCUAGAAUCAUUUUAAUGGCCCAUAAGCACCAACUUCUACAAGGGGGCUUUUGGUCCAUACGGGGCUAGAGUGGCACAAAUCUUUGUGUAGUUCUUGGUACUCUGCAGAACUUAUAUUGCAAGAAACUUGAUCUGUUAAGGACCCUCACUAAGUAAGUGUCCUCUGGUAUUUGAUGACACCUUCAAAUUGUUAAUUUGUUGUUAUCAAUCAUUCUUCAUUGUAUCCUUCAUCUUCUUGCUGCCAAAAGUCUAAUCCAGAACUCUGGAUACUGGAACCUUAAUGACUACUGGCACCAGAGUCAACUGAUCCCAUAACUUGCAAUGGAAAAAGUUAUUACUCCUUGAAAUAGCUAAACUUUUAGCUGUCAUCCACAAAACAACAUUGGGAAAAUAGACACCAAAGUCGGCCUUUUUGGUAAUGCAAACUUCUACAAGUGUUCCUUGAUACUCAGUCACCAAAAUUAUGCAAAAUGUCAUGCUUCCUUGGGCUUAUUAUACUAAAGAGUGCUAAAUUUGAAGUACCAUGUCUAGUUUUCACUUAAUAUCUGUAAUAAUAAAUUUAUUUCCAUCAACUCACAA